GAUAACACUUGUGGAGGAUAGCAUCCUACUUGCAGAAGGCUGAGCCCUGCCCUCCCUUCCUCUUCUCUUGCCAGUGGAAACAAUUCCAAUCCAUUGCACACCUCACAGCCAAUUCAAAUACUCUUUAUUUCACACUUGUGAAACUACUGGAGCUCCCUGUCAUCUGGCCUUCUUCACCAUGGCCUGUCAGUCCAUCAACAUUCACAGCGCCUUGACAAGGCAGGUGAUGGAUGCAGGCUUUUCCAUCUUCUCAAGGGCUUCAAUGGUUGGCUAUCGUCGACAAGAGCCAGGAAGAAUCAUGCUCACCCAUGGCACCGUUGUGUGCUCAGCCAUACAAGAGUCCUCCACUGCUGCAGUUACUGAUGUGAAGAAACAAGAGGUGGCGACCAAGGCAGAAGCACCAGCAGCAGCAAAUGAUGCUCCUGGGAAGCCCAAGAAACCCCCCGUGAGGCCAUUGCCGGAGAUGAUGGAAGAGGAGGUGAUUCCUUCGCUGAAGGAGUGUCUUGAGGCCCAAGAAGAUGUCUCGGAGAUUGAAAUCUCCUUUCAGGAUAACAGGCUUGAAGGAUCCUUCCUAAAGAAAGGCAUUCCUUACUCCUUUUGGGCCUUCUUCCCCAACGGAGUCUUGACAGGUCCUAAAGGGUUCUCCUUGUCGUCGUAUGGCUCGGGAGUUAGCACGGUUGAACCCUUUCUCAUCGAUGAAAAGAGAAUUAAUGCCAAACUAGUAGUUUUCUGGGUGAAGAAGAGAUUGGCAGCUCAAGGAAUCCUCCCUGUUUGGACUGAGUAGAUUGUUACUGGUAUCGAUCACAGUGGUAGUCACUGCACCAGCUGACUGCAUCACCACCAAUAUUGUAAAGCUCAUUCUUACCUUCACCGAGACUAUGUUACUGGUAUUUCAACAAAAGUUAUUUGCUUUUUAUCA